AUGUUCAGAAACAACUAUGACAACGACUCUGUCACAUUCUCGCCCCAGGGCCGGAUAUUCCAGGUUGAGUAUGCUGCCGAGGCCGUGAAGCAGGGCUCCGUCGUUGUGGGCAUUGCCAGCAAGACGCAUGCCGUGCUCGUGGCCGUCAAGCGGAAUGCCGAGGAGCUCUCGUCGUACCAGAAGAAGCUCUUCCCGGUGGACGAGCACGCGGGCAUCGCGAUUGCGGGUCUCACGUCGGACGCGCGCGUGCUGUCCAACUUUAUGAAGCAGCAGUGCCUAGGCCACCGGCUGACGUACGGUCGCUCGAUGCCGGUCCGGCUGCUCGUCGACAUGAUUGGCGAGAAGGCCCAGGUGAACACGCAGCACUACGGCCGCCGGCCGUAUGGCGUCGGUCUGCUCGUCGCCGGCGUCGACGAUCGUGGUCCCCACCUGUUUGAGUUCCAGCCGAGCGGCAUGACCGACGAGAUGACCGCCUUUGCCAUCGGCGCCCGCUCCCAGAUGGCCCGCACCUACCUGGAGAAGCACCUGGACGGCUUUGCCGCCUGCGACCGCGAGGGCCUCGUCCGCCACGGCCUGCGCGCCCUCAAGGAGAGCCUCGUCCAGGACCGCGAGCUGACCGUCGACAACACCAGCAUCGGCAUCGUCGGCAUCGUGCCCGCCGCCCAGUCCGCUACCGGCAAGCGCCAGGUCGAGCCCUUUACCAUCUACGACGGCCAGGAUGUCAAGGCCUGGAUAGAAGCCGUCGCGGACGAUAAGGAGGCCGGCGCCGACGAUGACGACAAUACCGCUGCGCCAGACACUACAGCAGACGCAGGGGCCGCUGCGCCAGGCGACAUGGAGGUCGACAGCUAG